AUGGCAGAUCCAUAUGACCCUUAUUCCGAUCCAAACAUUCCUUACGCAAAUUUUCCUAAAAAUCCCCGUUUUGACGAGGACGUUCAAAAACUAAAACAAGCAAAUACACUUAAACAGUUAAACAUUUAUUUGAUUAAAAAAAAUCUCAUUGAUAAUUACGGCUAUGAGAAACCUGGACCUUCUUUGAACAGUCCUCCUGCAUCACCAUCCUUCCCACCAACACCAUCAAAUCCAUUAUUUAUGCCUCCAUCCUCGCCAACAUUUUUACAUAGGUCUAAUAAUCCAACAUCACCUCGUACACCUGGUAUGCGUAUCUUAAUACCACCUUAUUCACCACAAAGAUCCGGUUUUUCGCCACUUGGAUCGGCCGCCCUCUCACCACUUAAAUCACAAUUUUCACAAUUUGACUCGAACUUUAGUCAAGCCAAAAUGAAUCAAAAAAAAAAUCGACCAAUUUUAAGAUGGUUCGUUAGAACAUUUUUAGACAAGCAAAAACUUCCCGUCAUACCAAAUGGUCUUUCGAUAAGUUCAGGAUCAGAUCGUGGGCAUGCAUAUAGUUCUGCUACUGUUAAUUCUGGAACCUUAUCUGGUCAAAGCUACGGUCGUGAUUAUCGUAAUGGCGAAACACGUAGAUACAUGUAUGAUAUUUAUAACAAUGCAAGUGAUAAGCGAAGAAGCAAAUUCAUGAAGAGAAUAUCACGUGUCCUAACUACACCUACCGAAGAACGUGACUUGGACUUUUCAAUAACAACAUCUACGGAAACAGUAGUUACAAGUAGUGAUAUGACACAAUCAUUUGACUCUGAGACAAAAACGGUAGUUAAUCCUUCUAAGAAGCCACCACGUCUUAACGACUCACCUCGAUUAGUAUAUGAACACAGUUAUGAUGGUAGUGGAUCAUUUUUGUUUCCUCCUGUGAUGGGGAAUACUACCAUCAAUAUUCAUGUGCAUCAAUAUCCUUCAAAUACUUAUAUUGAAGCUGGGCCGUCACGGUACGUCAAUCAUCGCAGAUCUGGGAUUCAAUCGAUAAUGAAAUAUCAGCAUAUUAAAGAAAAAAAAAUUGUUUCUCGAAUUCACCAUAAUUGUAUAUAA